AUGUCAACUUCAUUCACAUGUAUUACUUGUCAUGUUGCUUUUGCUGAUGGUGAUACUCAACGUGCUCAUUACAAAACUGAUUGGCACCGAUAUAAUUUAAAGCGUAAGGUAGCCGAUUUAGGACCAAUUACUGCGGAAGACUUCCAAGAAAAAGUUAUUGCCAUUCAAAAGUUAGAAAAUACUGAUCAGAGUCCAGAAGAAACAUCUUUGUUCUGCUCACAAUGUGGAAAACAAUUUACAUCUGAAAACGGUUUAUUGAAUCAUUUAAAGUCUCGGAAACACGUUGAAACCGUCAAACAUGCUUCAGAAAAUCCACAACUACCAAAAAUCGUGCCAGAGAUAGUGAAUACUGUGGAAAUUACUGGAAAUGAUGAGGAAUGGGACGAUAUGGAUGAUGAAGAUAACAGUGUUAUAGAUACAAUGGAAAAAUUGGGCACUGCUCUUCGUGUAGAAGAGUGUUUAUUUUGUUCAUAUCAAUCAUCUAAUCUUGAUGAAAAUCUUAGCCAUAUGGCCAACGACCAUACAUUUUUUUUACCAGAUAUUGAUUAUUUAAAAGAUGUUCGAAGUCUUGUGGAACAUUUGGAUGAAAAAGUUGGAGGUUAUCAUGUUUGUUUAUGGUGUAACAAAAAACAGUAUAGAAAUGUUUUAGCUGUACAGCGACAUAUGAUUGAUAAAGGACAUUGUAAAAUACGCUUUGAUGAUAAUCCAGAUGAUGUUUUUGAAUAUGUUGAUUACUAUGAUUAUACCUAUCCAGAUCAUGAACAACAAGAAGGUAAAGACGAAGAACAAAAUGUUGAUUUGGACACACUUGAUACGGAUGGAUAUGAACUUGAACUACCUUCAGGUAAAAAACUUGGUCAUAGGACUUUGAUGAGAUAUUACCGUCAAAGUUUUGGAACUAGAAACAAUGAAAAAUCUGUUAAUUUAAUCGAUAGAGUAAAAGCAAAAUAUCGAGCCUUGGGAUGGCAUGGUCAUGGAGCGACAGGUGAAGUAUUUCAACGUAAAAUACGUGAUUUAAGAUAUAUGCAACAGUGGAAAUCUAAAAAACAUAUGAAACUGGGUGUUAAUAACAAUAUGCUUCAACAUCAUUUUCGAGAACAAGUGAACUUUUAA